AUGCCGGACGACUUAUCAUGGACUACAGGAUUUUUUGUGGAGCCAAGCGUUACCACCGCAGAAAUUGAGGGUCGAGCCGCUAGAUGGAGAAAUCUACAGCUUGUAAGGGAAGCACAAGGAAGAGAAGGACAUACAGGGCGCGAACGAGGAGUACGUGGAGCAGAUGCAGGGCGCAACAGAGGACAAGGUAGUGGAAGGCGAGGAGGAGGAUGUGGAGGGCGAGCAAGACAACAAGAUCAUGAUGGGCGAGGAGGACAUGGAGGGAGAGCAGAGCAUGCACCUGCACCCCAACCUCCGAUUCCAAUGGUACCAGCAGCGGCGUCAGUGACAUCUGGCCAAGUCACGUCUCAAUAUUUCAAGGUGCCAGCCAUUUCGGGAAGUGGUGGAGGUGGAGGACGAGGAGGCGAAGAUGCUGUCACUGCAAGCACUAAGCGCAUGCACGAUGAACUGAGCACGGACGAGGAGGACAGGAAGAUGCCAGCCAUAGAUGAUAGAAACGAUGGUGGUAAGCGCAAGCACGAUGAAGUGAGCGCGGAUGAGGAGGACGGGAAGAUGCCUGCCAUGGAUAAAAGCAAUGGUGGCAGGCACACAACAGGUACCCAAGUGAGCACGGAUGAGGAGGACAGGAAGAUGCCUGCCAUGGAUAAAAGCAAUGGUGGCAACCACGAUGCGAUUUCUGACAAAGGGAAGGACAGGAAGAUGCCUGCCAUGGAUACAAUCAAUGGUAGCAGCAAUGAAGUUUCUACUGGUGAACUGCUGGACCCAACCACAAUAGGUACUGGGGUGAGCUCGGAGGAGGUGAUGGUCAGGAAGAUGCCUGCACGCCAACCACCAAUCCCCACGGUGGCAGAGGCGGCAACCGCCACAGCUGCUGCUUUAGUUGAACACUUAUCUGUAACUUUUGCUCCUGUAUUGACAGCCACCAAUGAGGCCACUGUUAGGGCUUUUUGGAAGGGAGGCAAGCCCAGAGGUGAUAUCCUUGACAAGCACAACACCAAGGCUUCGACACAAAAACGACAGUUAGAUGGACUCUUUAGAUCUUUCCAGGCUGCACAUGUGCUGGAAAAUGGUGACACGCCUCUGAAGCUGUUUGUUAGCGAAAUCGGCUAUGAGAGUUUUUGGCAAGUGGCACCAUUCAUUCUCUUGCUGAAAAGCAAUGCCCUGUCAAAUGAUGACUUGAAGAAAUGCUGGCGGGUGGGAUUGGAAGCUUUCCAUGAUCCUUAUAGUCCGAAGUGCUACAAAAGUGUCAACUUCAAGGAAUUUGUGAUUGUGUGGAUAGCAGUUGGAUACGUAUUGGGUGGAAAAGGCUGCCCUCACAUAUGCCCAUUGAGUUGGCCUUCACAAGAGCUAAUGGUCAUCAAACCAUUUGAGUAUGAUGAAGGUGAAGAUGAAGAUUAUUAUCAUGACAUCAUCAAUUAUAAACUUGGCUUCAUAACUGAAGAUGCUUUUGUAGGAUUUAACCGUGACAAAUACAAGGCGAAGGUUUUGUUGAAAGUUCAACAGGAAGAAAGACUCAUUGCAUCUUUCCAGGCUGCGCAUGUGCUGGAAAACGGUGACGCUCCUCUGAUGCUGUAUCUUAGUAGAGUCCGCUAUGAGAGUUUUCAGCAAGUGGCACCAUUCAACACCAUACUGGAGCUCAAGGACCUGUCAGGUGAGGACUUGCGCAAAUGCUGGCGGGAGGGAUUGAUUGCUAGCUGUUAUCCUGGGAAACCGAGAGGCUUCGAAAGUGUCACCUUGGAUGAAUUCCGAUAUGUGUGCAAUGUAGUUGGACAAGUGUUGGGUGGAAUAGGCUGCCCUCCCGUGUGCCCAAUGAGUUGGCCUUCACAAGAGCUAAUGGUCAUCAAACCAUAUGAGUAUGACGAUGAUGAUGAUGAUGAGUUUUAUGAAGAUAGGCUAAAAUUUUGCCUCAAAGGGCCCUCAACCAAUCCAGAAGAUUACCAAGAAGAAAUUUCCCAAGAAGAAAAGAGAAUCAUCUAUCAGGUUGGUUUACUCUGGACGAGACUCAAAUUUGGUCGACAGGCUGGUGGUGUGUGCCGUGAAGUUUUGUAUGCUUGUCCACCCUUUCGCUUUGCAAGCAAAGACCAAGAAGCAGAGUGUUGGGCACAUGCCUCCCGCAAGGAUCGCUCCCCCGAGGAUCUAGAACGUCUGGGACCACGGGGUUUUCUCAAGUUUGAAUUGUUCGAGGCUGCGUGGGAGAAACUGGAGGAAAAAUUUGGUGGAAUCACUAUGACUAGCGGCUUCGACCCUUUUUGCUGUGGCCAGGAUGGUGUAAUUUUGUCCCCUCCACAGGAGACGAUUUUUCAGGCUGCCAGACUUUUUUCGGAGGUACCUGGCAGCGUCAGCUUUGUUGAAUUCAAGAAAGUCCCACCAAUUGCAUACUUGUUGGUUUCGAAAGGUCCAACGAAAAAGUAUUUGGAGAUAGAAAAACUGAUACAAUGCUGGACGAAGGAAGCAGGCACCCUUGAUGGUGUAGUGGACGAAGCUGGUUUCUUGAAGGUGUGGCAGAAUGUGCAAGACAUCCUGGGUAAUGUGGACAUUAUGGAUCUGGCGCGAAGAAGUAUUGUUGAAAAUGGCAUGACCUACACAUGGAAAUCUUGGCGCAACUUUUGUUGGUAGUGUCUGUGGAUGGUUGGAUGGCUGCAACCGAGGGACAAGUCGCAGGUUCCCAAGUCAUGGAUCCCACCACUACAGGACUGCUCCAAUGCCCUUUGUUUGAUUGAUUGAUGGGUCCUUCUUAUGCACGUGAGACUUUGCCUAUCCUUACCACAUUUUCUAUUCGGCCAAAAGCAGCAAACUCAUUUGACCUUGUCAGGCCGGGCAAUUCAGUAAUCAUUAGCUAUCCUAAUGUUGAGUUUCUAUUUAAAACUUGCAUUGUCUGCUUCGGAGGCUCUGGCUGGUCAUUGUGGCCAGCGGCAAGUAGC